AUGGAAUAUCCAGGAUGUAAAAAACAUUUUCGACACCUGUUCUUCUUCGCUUUUCAUCGAGGCCAAAAAGCUGCUGAAGCAGCCCGGGACAUUUGCAACGUAUAUGGAGAAGGUGUUAUAGGCGAGUCUACAGCACGGAAAUGGUUUGCAAAGUUCAAAAAUGGCGAUUUUGACGUCGACGACACGCCCCGCAGCGGAAGACCUUCUGAAUUCGACGAAGAGCGUCUCAAAGCACUUUUGAAGGAGGACGGUCACCAAACAAGUCGUGAAUUGGCCGAAAAAAUGAACUGCGAUCAUAAAACGAUACUCAAUCAUCUUCAUUCAAUGGGAUUUGCCGAAAAAUUGGGAGCCUGGGUGCCUCACGAGCUUAACGAAAACAACAAAGAAAUUCGCCUUCAAAUUGCUUCUCAACAUCUCGCCCGCCAUCGAGCAACACGCGGUCAUAAACAGCGCUUUUUGUACCAAAUCGUCACGGGAGAUGAGAAAUGGUGCCUAUACAUAAAUAUGAAGCAUAGAAAAACGUGGGUGGCUCCAGGAAAUACGCCAAAGCCGAGAGUCAAGCCUGACCAUCCAAAGAAGACCAUGAUCUGCGUUUG